AGGAUUUGAGCGGGAGGUACCUACCUCACUGUUGUCUAUCCCUUAUACCUACCUCCCUCUUACCAACUGUGCUAGCACUAGUUGACUAAAAUCGACGAGUUUUACACAUGAUGAUAUAUUUUAAGAUUUUUUUGUUUUUUUGUUUUUUCCCCUUUCAAACGCUAAAAAAAUUCUUGGGAAAGACAAAAGCUUAUCAAAAUCCUCUCGGUUCGGCGCCAUACAAGAACGAGAGGAACCGUGCAUAUUAUACUCUGUCUCUCUUUGUUCAUCCUCCGUCAUUCUCUCUCUAUAUCUCGGCUCACCAAAAUCCUUCCUUUUUCCUGAUUUAUCUCGAGAAAAAUCCCUUCUUUUUAUAUUCGUUAGGCCGUUUUUGACCGUCUGAUCGCUGGAAAUGGAGGGCGUAGAUCACCUAACGCAUGAGAGGAGCAAGGCGCAGUUCGAUGUGGAGGAGAUGAAGAUCGUCUGGGCGGGUUCCCGCCACGCCUUCGAGGUCACCGAUCGGAUUUCUCGCCUCGUAGCCUCCGAUCCGGCCUUUCGGAAGGAUAAUAGAACUAUCUUACCUAGGAAAGAGUUGUUCAAAAACACCCUGAGAAAAGCCGCUCAUGCCUGGAAAAGAAUCAUUGAGCUUCGCCUUACCGAAGAAGAGGCAACGAAGUUAAGGUUUUUCGUGGAUGAAAUUAAUUUUACAGAGCUCCACUGGGUAAUGUUUGUGCCAGCUAUUAAAGGGCAAGGGACUGACGAGCAGCAAAGGAAAUGGUUGCCCCUUGCAUAUAAGAUGGAAAUAAUUGGUUGUUAUGCACAAACUGAACUAGGUCAUGGCUCUAAUGUUCAAGGGCUUGAAACCACUGCGACAUUUGAUCCUCAGACGGACGAGUUCGUUAUUAAUAGUCCUACGUUGACUUCAAGCAAAUGGUGGCCUGGAGGAUUGGGUAAAGUUUCCACACAUGGUAUCGUCUUUGCGCGUCUUAUUACUGAUGGUCGGGACUAUGGAAUACACGGUUUCAUUGUUCAACUUCGGAGCCUGGAUGAUCACUUACCUCUUCCAGGCAUAACUGUUGGUGAUAUUGGAAAUAAAUUUGGUAGUGGAGCUUACAACACCAUGGACAAUGGGCUAUUGAGAUUUGACAAUGUCCGCAUUCCAAGAGAUCAAAUGUUGAUGAGGUUUUCACAAGUUACAAGAGAAGGGAAAUAUGUGCGGUCCAGCGUUCCAAGGCAGCUAGUUUAUGGUACUAUGGUAUAUGUUCGUCAAACAAUUGUAGCUGAUGCUUCAUGUGCUUUGGCACGGGCAGUUUGUAUAGCUACUAGGUACAGUGCUGUUCGUAGACAAUUUGGUUCGCAGAAUGGUGGUGUUGAGACCCAGGUGAUUGAUUACAAAACUCAGCAAAAUAGGCUCUUCCCUUUGCUAGCCUCUGCCUAUGCUUUCAGAUUUGUUGGUGAGUGGUUAAAAUUGCUUUACACGGAUGUGAGUGAAAGGUUGCAAGCCAAAGAUUUCUCUACAUUGCCCGAGGCUCAUGCAUGCACUGCAGGAUUGAAGUCUUUGACUACCAGUGCAACUGCCGAUGGCAUUGAAGAGUGCAGGAAACUAUGUGGUGGUCACGGAUACCUAUCUUGCAGUGGACUUCCUGAAUUAUUUGCAGUUUACAUUCCUACCUGUACGUACGAAGGAGACAAUGUUGUGCUACUUCUACAGGUUGCAAGGUUCCUCAUGAAGACUGUUUCUCAGUUGCCAUCUGGUGAAAAGCCAGUUGGAACCACAGCAUAUCUGGGGCGAGUUGAAGAUCUAAUGCAAUGUCGGUCAACGUCGCAAAAAGCUGAAGAUUGGAUAAAUCCUAGUGUGGUAUUGGAGGUUUUUGAAGCAAGGGCCGCCAGAUUGUCCAUCGCCUGUGCUCAAAACCUUAGCAAGUUUGCAAAUCGGGAUGAGGGCUUUUCGGAACUCGCAGCUGAUUUAGUUGAGGCAGCAGUUGCUCAUUGUCAGUUAAUUGUCAUUUCAAAGUUCAUUGAGAAAUUACGACAAGACAUUCCUGGGAAAGGAGUGAAGGAACAGUUGCAGAUUCUCUGUUAUGUAUAUGCUUUAAAUCUCCUCCACAAACAUCUGGGUGAUUUUGUAUCGACGGGAUGCAUCACCCCCGAGCAAGCUUCACUUGCAAACGAUCAACUUCGAUCUUUAUAUUCCCAGGUUCGCCCCAGUGCCGUUGCCCUUGUCGAUGCGUUCAACUUCACUGACCACUUUCUUGGCUCCAUUCUUGGUCGCUAUGAUGGUAAUGUGUACCCAAAACUCUACGAGGAGGCCUGGAAAGAUCCUCUAAAUGAGUCUAUUGUUCCCGAUGGCUACCACGAGUACAUAAGGCCUCUGCUGAAGCAACAGCUUCGCAAUGCAAGAUUCUGAGGGAACAUUACCAAGUCUACGAUACAAUAUGUUUGGUGCUCUAAUAAAGCUACUGGGAUUUUUAUAUAUGCAACUGCAUAAUUACUUGUACCAUUUUAUACGUACCAAUUGGAUAUUCAGUGAUUGGAGUCUGUUGAAUAAAGUUUGACAUUUUUAUUUAUUUUUUACUCUGAAACUUUGACAUAUUUGGAUACAAUUGUUGUUUAUGUAGCUAACAAAGCUAUUUUGCUAUGUUUACAA